AUUGUAAUUAACUAAUAGUUUUUGAUGUUUAAUAGCUUAUAAUUUUUAAUGUUAAAGAUAAUAUUUAUUUUGCAAUAAUCAGAAAAAUUUGCCACAUUAAAAACUUUAAUAUUUCAGUUAAAUUUUCGACGUGAGAGAAUGUAAAUAGUGCGUAUAACCUAAUAUUUACCGCUGUUUUUAUGUAAAUGUUAAGAUUAUAAGCUUUGUUAUCUUAUAAAGUAUAAAUUUGAAAAUAUGCGUUAUGCACAGUUAGUUGUAGGCCCAGCAGGUAGUGGAAAAUCUACUUACUGCUCAACAAUAUUGAAACAUGCAAUGGAUUCAAAGAGAAUUGUAGAAGUAGUGAACUUAGAUCCGGCAGCAGAACAUUUUGACUAUCAGCCACUUGUGGAUAUCCGAGAAUUGAUUCAUCUGGAUGAUGCUAUGGAGGAUGAAGAACUACAGUUUGGGCCUAAUGGUGGACUUGUUUUUUGUAUGGAAACUUUACUAGAAAACUGUGACUGGCUAGAAGAGCAGUUAGGAGAUGUGGAUGAUGACUAUAUCUUGUUUGACUGUCCAGGUCAAAUAGAACUCUAUACACACUUACCUGUCAUUAAAAAACUGGUUGAUCAGCUCGAGAAGUGGAACUUUAGGAUAUGUGUUGUGUUCAUGAUUGAUUCACAGUUUAUGGUUGAUGGGGCUAAGUUCUUGUCAGGAACAAUGGCGGCCCUUAGUGUAAUGGUGAAUUUAGAAUUACCUCAUGUUAACAUUUUAACUAAAAUGGACCUCCUUAGUAAAUCAGCGAGGAAACAAUUAGAUAAUUACUUAGACCCAGACCCACACGUAUUAUUAGCAGAUAUGCGAAACGUUAAUUCACGGUGGCACGAGAAAUACGCAAAAUUAACAGAGGCAAUCGGUGAAGUUAUUGAAAAUUUUAGCUUGGUUCGAUUUUACCCGCUAAAUAUCAAAGAUGAAGAAAGCAUAGAUAACAUUUUGAUAACCAUAGACAAUAUAAUUCAGUUUGGCGAAGAUGCUGAUGUGAAAGUUAGAGAUUUUGAUGAACCCGAUCCGGAGAAUGAUGGUGAUGAGUGAUCGGAGGCAAACAAUCAAGGAAAAUAAUUGAAAACUCGAAAAUAAAAAGGUGCUUCUACAUUUUUAAGGAAUUAAGUCCAAUGUAUGUCAAUUAAAUAUUUCUCAGCAGUCUAAAUAAAACCUUUUCCAAAUAAA